UCUGGAUCAGUGGGUCGGUAGCUGCCCUAGAUCAAGUGUAUCUCUUGAAGAUUUUUGGUUCUCGGUAUACUGUAGGUAGCAGAUUACUUCCCCUUGUUGGGUCAUCCUUUCAGUUCAAGUAACACGAUACCCCAGGAACGAAAAGGCAACUUAGCGCUGCUCGGCUCCGUGUCCGGUUGAAGAAGUCCUUUUCAUAACUGCCUGGUUUAUUGAUUAGUGUUGACGGUCACCAGAACCGAAUGCCGAGGAGUAGAUCAAAAGCAAAAUCUCGCAAGUCUGUGAAGCGCCUGAGAUGGCAGGACAGAGUGAGGGAGAACAGUGUCGUGAGGCAAUUUGGUCCUAUGAGCAGAUCUGCGAACCUUGAUCUACCGAGAUUCGUGUUUAGUGAUGGCACUUUCGGUGAUAUUAGUCCUAGGGGAUGGCCAAACACGAGCAACGUCCAGCAAGACAACGCCAUGGUGACCAACCUUAUCAACAAGGCCUUAGCUAGGGAUGUACGUGACAUUGGUCAAAUGACGAUCCCGAUUGAGGAAGGGGAAGGACAGUAUUAUCUUGGAGUUGCGAGACAGUACCUGGAUGAAUCACACCCCGGUGACAGGGAUGCCCUUAAAGGAGCUGAGAGCCCAUUAAUUGAUGACGUCAGAGAGGAAAACGAGGAGUCACACCUCAGGAACGACGAAAGCGGGUCCAAGACGGCGGACUUGGUCACUCGGUAUUUCUUGUACCCUUCUGAAGAUUCGGUGGUCACUGAAGACAGCGGGACGCAAACUGAAGUCACAAGUGAGAUGAAAUCCGUGAGAGACACCCGAGCCAGCAAGGAGACCGGUCUCAUGACAUGGAAUUAUGACCAUCGGGGUGAACACGACCACCCUUCUCUCCUCUCCCGAGUGAUGAGAGCGAUGACCCCACAGAAAUCCCGGGGCAUAUUCGGAGAGGGGGCUGCUGCAGAGACUGAAGGAGGCCAGGCUGGAGGUGCAAGCGGCCUCAAAGUGGAAGGUGGAGGCCUACCAGAACCUGUGGAGGUGAGCAGCGUUUCCUACCUCUCUGUGCCCGACACUCAGUCCACUCGGAGACCCUCCACGGCAGACUUUGUCAUAGAAAAGCUACAGGUGGAGAAGGUGGAGGGCGGGGGGCUGAGCAUCCAGGGGGUGGCCCUCGCCUCCAAUUGUCACGUCACCCUGUGUGUGUUCGGGGUGUUCUUCAUGGUGGCCGGCAUCAUCCUCUCCUACGUCAGCUAUAGCGUCGCUAUGAGGACGGGAGGUGACAGCGGGGGCGGAGAAGGGAAAGAGAAAGCAGAGGCGAUGAAGGGGCAAUCUGACGAAGUGUCGAGUGUCUCCCAGAUGAGGAUGAUCGGCCCCGCCUUCCUAGUGUUGGGUUUCCUCAUGCUCUUCUUGGGCAUCACUCUCUUCGCUCUGGCCAAGAAGAUUAGUCACGAUGAGAAGGUCAGACAGAGGGUGUUGGCUGACCAACAGCUGUGGCAACUAGAGAACAGCUUCAGUUACGCCAACGCCUCAACCUCCCCACUCCACACAGCUGCUCCCGCUCCCCACCAGCAAUAUCCGAUCCUGGCGGUGCGUCGCAGCUCUUGGUGGAUGGACCCGGCUGUGAUGGAGGGUGGCGGCACUAACGUUUAUGGUGAGCCGGCCACUGCCCUCAAUGAUUGUGACACAGCCGUGCCGUGUCCCUCCCCUCAUAGGGAGAGUCAGGGAGGAUCGUCCCCUCGUGUGCUGAGUCCAGUACCCCUGGAACUGCUGCCAGACGCCUCAGAUUCCUACAAGGACAUAGCCUGCUUCCCUCCUCCCCGCUCCACCACUACGUCUUCGGCAACACAACAGCAGGUAGGGUCUGUACCUGAGGGUGGUAAAGAUGAUACUAGCACUGCCACUGACCAGCGUAUCACAACUACCAGCCAUGCCCCCUCAAGCACCGAAAUGCGAAGUACUACGCCUCUUCUCUCAAGUGCUGCCCAAGAAUUACGCACUGCGACGCUCUUACCGUCUAGUGCUACACAAGUGCGCUCUCACGGUGCGACUACAACUUACAACGUUACACAGAUUCCGUGCAUACAGGUGACAGCAGCAGGGCCACAGACGCCUACACUUCUUGCCCUCCCGCGGCUGUCGAGACACUGCUUCACUCGACACGACAGCCGACCCACCACAGCUGACUCCAGAUGAAACUGAAACCAGUCUUUCCUUUCCAUGACAGCUAUCUCCAAAUCAAGCUGAAAGGUCAUCUAUUUUUCCCACAGCAACUGACUCUAUGUGAAGCUGAGCCCCACGACUGCUAACUCCAGAUAACACAAACUCUAGAUAGUUAGCAUUUGAGGAUCUAACAAUUAACUCCUGAUAAAGAUAAUAUCCUCCACAUGUAAUUUCUCUCGAAGCUAAACCCUGUCAGUCUUACAACCUGAAUUUCACUUUCAAGAAACUCGUCUAACUCAGUUAGCAAAAGCCUUGUUACAUAUAUAAAUGUCUAUACAACCAAAAAGUAUGUUUACAGAUGGGUCCAAUGAAUUUAAAAAACCCACUGGGACUUCAGUUGUCAAAGUAGGGGUAUCGAAAUUCUUCGUCCUUUAUAUCAUAAUUGUCUAACAUAAAAUUGUAAAGAUAAUUGAUUGAGUGUGAGAGACAAGGUAUUUACAAAAUGCUUGGAAGUUUUAUAUAUUUUUAUUUUGGGAAAUCCCUUGAGGAAGUCACACAUCCUAAACAUUGGUAUAUACAUUGGUGAAGAACACGUUAAUGUGUACAUUGGUGAAGUACAUACCGAGGUUUUGAAUGAGUAACUUUCUCAAAGAGCUUUGUAUAAACAAGAAUCAAAUAACUUUGUAAAGACUUUAUAAUUCAUACGACAAUGUCCUUAGUAUAACUGUAUACGUACCGGUAAUAUAUUCAUGAUAUUAUUCUGGGGAGGAAAGUGUAUUGAAGAGAGAUAUUUUUUGUGGCAAGUGUUUGUAUGUCUGUAAAUAUAGAUAAAUACAUGAAUAAAGAAAUAAAACUGAAUGGAAUUUGGGUUCAUGUAUGAAGUAACACGUAUUUUCACUGUGUACUGUAAUCUAUAUUUUAGUGUAUUAACUUAUUUGUUCCUAAUAUAUAUGGAUUAAAAUAUUGUGACAUCAGGGUUGUAAAAUGAGUUUAUUCUAAAUGUAAAUACAAAACUGUAAAUCUGCAAGACGCUCGCGCGCGCACACACACGAAAACUAUUAACUGCAUACUAUGUUACGUUUAGUGUGUGUGUGUGUGUGUGUGUGUGUGUGUGUGUGCAUAUAAAUAUAUUUUUUUUUGGCAUCACUCAUCAUUACAGGUGCAUCACAAAUGCUCACACCAACAUUACAAAAAAAUCUUCUAAAUAUAUGUCUUCAUCAUCUACAUUACUUUGAAAAUAUAACCAAUUAAAAGUAA